UUCCUUUCAUCUGCUUUAAGUCGGUUCCGCACCAGGCAGCUUCGACAGGGAUAUAUGUAUUCAGCAUGAAAAUUACUACUGUCUAGACUAUAUGCGUCAAGGUGGUUUCUGCGCACAUCCCACGUUUGGAGUUUUUCAGGUUUUGGUUUAUUUGACGAAUUAAACUCCGGCGACAGAUUUGUUUGGCGGGGGUAGUGAGGGCUCUUCGUUUUAAUUUUCCGACAACGACAGCAAUUAACAUGGCUGGAAGAGAAGUUCGAGAGUACACCAAUCUCACUGAUCCUAAAGAUAGGAAAUUGGGGAAGGGGAAGGAUAAGAUAGAUGAAGAAGACAUCACAUUCCAACGCAUGGUUGCCAAGAUGCAAGAGGUUGCAGGAGAACGUGGAGGCUACCUUCAUGGACGAGGCGCAUUGGACAGUGAUGAUCUGCUCUAUCUGAAAGAGCAAAUGGAGGCCGAGGAGGAUGCAGAACGCCUUCUGCGACGCACUGAGAAACGUGCAUUUGCUGCUUUUAAAAAAAGCUGCAAGUUUAGCGGAUUCUUCACCUGCAUCAGUUCCCUUGGCUCUACGUGUGGAGUCAAAGCCAAAGAGUGGAAUAAGACAGCAAGAUUUGCUGAAGAAGGUGGUGGAAGUCAAACCCAAGCGGCACAGAGUUUCAAGCCUGUCUGAUUCCCAUCAGACUGCACCAAAUUCAACAGCUUGUAUUCUAGCAAGUCAACCGGAGUUUGAAACGAACCAGGAUGAGAAGCAAGCAUGCCCACCAUCUCCAGUAGAGAAAAAAGCUACCCAAAUGGAGAACCCUGUUAAAAGCUUACUAGCAGCAUAUGAGAGUUCUGAGGACGAGGACAAUUGAUAUAAGAUGCAUUGAUAUGUGGUCUAGGAAAGUAACUGCAUAUAUCUGUUUGUUUAGCGAUAAUUCAGCCAUUGGUUUGUCAUUGAGUCUUACCCAUAGCCAGGCAAAGAUCUUGGAGCUCAUGUUGUUUAUUGGUUAACCAUAUCUUAACUUCUGCAUGGUGCUUGCUAUUUGUUAA